CGAGUUGCUGUCAAAAUAAAAACAAUGUGCGUUUAGCGAACAAGUUGCCGGCACGUUUUUUAAUCGUUGUUCUCAGUGUUUCAUUGUGUAUCUUCUUUAAAAGACCAUCCAGCAGUAACUAUGAAUCGUGUGAAAAAGAAAUCGUCUGGAAGUUCAGUUCUGUUGAAGAAAAACAAGAGUAAGAAGCGCCAAGUGCACGUAGAACCGGACAACGAGUCGUACGACUCCAUGGUGGAUAAUGGUACCGAUGAGGAUGACGAUGACGAUGGCGACAACGAUGUGCGAAAUAGAAACGGUGCUGGUGAUGGAGACGACAGCAUGGACAGUGGGCUCGAAAGUGGUGCCCUCGUGCGAACUGCUAAACCAUCGAAGAAGGUGGUUUCAAAAGCGAUUAAACGCAAGUUGGUGGCGCAUAACGACGAGGAAGCACACCGCAAGCGUGUCAAAGCGUUGAAGGAACUGUACAAGCCACCUACCGUGGAGGAGAUAAACCGGCUGAAGGAAACGGAAAACUAUUUCCACUCGAAUCUGUUCCGCAUGCAGACAGAGGAGAUGCUGAAGGAAGUGCGCGUUACGUCCAAGGUGGGCCGAUUCGUGCAAGUAUGGCUGGAGGAAUUCAAAGAAUUUCUGCAAACGAUCGAAGAUGAAGCAAAUGUUCGUUGGUUGCUCGAACAGGACUACAAGGGGUUUGAGUUUCCGCUCCAGUUAACCGGUUCGCAGCACACUCAGGAAGUGCUGGGCAAGGAACGGUUCCGCUUUCUUCAGCAGUCCCACAUACGUACGAUCGGUGGGUGCAAUGCAAUGAUGCGUACCUCGUUCGGGAAACCACUGGUCGUAGAUCUGCUAUUGGUCAUGCCGGAAAAAUGUCUUCACAAGGAGGACUACCUGAACUUGCGCUAUCACUACAAGCGUACACACUAUCUUUGCACGAUUGCCGAACAGUUGUUGGAAAUGUCCGAAAACGAAAAGAUUGUCUCAAGUGUUCGCUUUGAACCACUGAAAGGAGAUCGCUUGAAACCGGUGCUCGUAAUGACACCGAAGGAUGAAGGGUUUGCCAGAAAGGUUCUCUUCCAGCUACACGCCGUUGCAGACAGUAAUCACUUUGCCAAGAAACGGUUCCUUCCACAUCGAAACAACGUGCGACCGUCAAUGAUCGGGCAGGGCGAAUCGAUUUCAACGGACGAUUACGAAAACUACCCUACGCCACACUACAAUGCUUCCAUCCUGUACGAUGUACGGUUAGCCAAAAAUGUCGAACUACUCGAAAGUAUCAUCCAGUCCGAUAGUGUCCGCGAAGCGAUUAUACUGCUGAAGGUGUGGAUCCGUCAGCGACAUUUCGAUCGGGGACGGUACAGUUUCGAUGGCGCAUUAGUUACGUUCUAUAUCGCGAAGCUGAUGCAGAGCAAACGCAUUUAUCCGAACAUGAGCAGCUACCAGAUUAUCCGCCUAUUCUGGAACCAACUGGCAGGUAGCAGCUGGGACACGGAGGGAAUUUCAUUCGACAGUAGCAGUAAAGAAACGUUAGCGUCCUUCUUCCGUUACUACGAUGUGGUGUUUAUCGAUCCGCUCGGGAUGCUCAACAUUACGGCCAAUCUCCCGGUGGACCUGUACCGUCGCGUACGUCACGAAAGUGCGCUGGCAAUUCGCAUGCUAGAUAAUCCCAAACUUAACUCCUUUCUGGCACUGUUUCUUGCGAACUAUCCGGCAUUUACGCAGUACGAUCACAUCGUUACGAUAAACGAUUCUCAGCUGAUCAACGCCACAAUCGAAUCGUUCGCAGAAGAUAUGGAUAAACUUGAUUACCUUGGUGACCCGCAGGCACUCUUCGUACGAAUGGUGGAACGCUUGCUGCGCAAAGGGCUUGGCACUCGUAUCUCGUACUUGGUACCGUUGGCCGUAAGCUUAAAGCUGGGAGAGUGUGCUAUGACGGCGGAGCCACGGUUGGUGCUGGGACUUUUGCUUAACGGUACGGAUGCGUUCAAUCUGGUUGACAAAGGCCCGGAAGCGAUUGAUGCCGCUGCGAGCGAAGCGUUCCGUUCAUUUUGGCCUGGAAAAGCGGAACUGCGCCGAUUCAAGGAUGGUUCCAUUACGGAGUCUUGCGUGUGGGGCGAAGCGACCGAUCCGAUCGGCCAGAAGCGUUUGAUCGUACGAUCGAUUGUGCAGUUUCUGUUGCAGGCACACUUUGAUCUGCCGGAGAAAAAGAUCGGAUACCUGGCCACUCAGUUCGAGUCCGCCAUUGUACCGUACCCGGCGAAGAUGUUGCACGAAACGAUCGAGGAACGGUCAAUGGCAGUUAUAAGUGCGUUCGAUGCGCUUGGUCGCAUAAUGCGCGAAUUGAAGCAGCUUCCGUUAACGAUCAAUGCAAUCCAUGGAACGGAUCCGGUAUUUCGGUACACCGAUCCGGACCCGCCCCGGCCGACAGCAACAGCACUGCACAUGAAUGGGCAGGUGGUGUUUUUCAGCGGGAAACCGAUUCACGCUACGAUUCAGCUAGAGGCUAGCGGUAAAUGGCCAACAGAGUUGGAACCGAUACGUCGUUUAAAAGCUGCAUUUUAUCUGCGUAUUGCCGAUAAGAUUACCCCAUCUUGGAUUUCUCACAAACGCAAGCCCCUGGCACAAGCAUAUAAUGACUAUUUGGAUGUGCUUUAUGAGAAAUUUCUCUUCCGGUUCGUUAUUAUCCAUCAGCGGGAAAUAACCAUUAUGCGCGAGUAUCUCUCCGACAACAAGGUGACGCGUCUGCAGCAGGACACGAAGGAAAGCAUUGCGCUCGAGAUGGAGGCAACGGUACUGCCAAAGCUUACCGGCAUUCUGCACGGUUUGCAUCAGCAACACUUUUCGUUCGGUUCCGUUGCGGCCAUCGCAAAACGUUGGCUUUAUUCGCAGCUGAUCGAUCCGUACCUGUGGCCGGACGAAUGUACCGAGCUGUUGCUCGCUGCCCUUUACGUUAACCAACCGUUACAGCCUCCGAUACAGCCCCAGGCGGGUUUCCUGCGGUGGCUCCAAUUCGUGGCAUCGACCGACUGGAGCAAGGACAUGAUCGUGGUCAAUCUGAACGAUGAGCUGUCGAACGAAACGAUCGAAACGCUGGAGAAACAAUUUUACGACCGUCGCCAAAGUUUCCCACCGCUCACGAUCAUUACACCGUGCGAUGCGGGAAAGUAUGGGCUGUUCGGCCGUAGGGCACCGACGGUAGAGAUACUGAACCGGGUGACCCUGCUAGCCCAGUCGGCCACACAGCUGGUCGAGAUGAAUUUCCGUAAACUUCGGAAUAAAAUUCCGAUUUUCUUCGAACCAUCGAUGGAAGGUUACAAUGUGAUCAUUCACCUAGACAGUACGAACAUAUUACCAAUUGGCAUACCCAGUUUAAAUGCGCUAGGCAAUGAAAAGAUCGCGAGCUUGUCCGCGGAAGCUGCCAAUAAGGAACCGGUGGCCGGUUUCGAUCCGGUACGCUUCUAUCUGCGGGAGCUUCGCGAUGCUUACCGACAGUUUGCUAUCUUCUUUUACGAUCCGUGCGGGGGUGAUCGAAUUGCCGUACUUUGGCGCCCACAAGCACUGGAGGAGAAACCCUUUACGACUUCAAACGUAAAUGGAAGAAAGAUUACGAAGGAUGGGACGCUUCAGCUAAAUGUAGAGGCACUGGUGCGAGAUUUUGAGCUACUGGGUCAAGGAUUGGUGCAUCGUAUCGAGAGACGAUAAUAAGCAAAAAUCAGCAAUAGUGCAACAGAGAACUAAUAAAAACACAACGUUACAGAUUAUUAA